GCCAAUAAUGACCACGCAGGACGAAGGGCCGUCGCUGGCUGCGGCCUCGCAGAGCUGGAACUGGCUGGCGCUGUCGCAGAAGAAUGGCGGGUCCAGUGGAGGCAGCGGCGCGUCGUCCGCGCGCUCGAGCUCGGCGCAGUCCAAGGCCCAGAGCAAGCGGCCGAUGCUGCUGCACCGGACGCCAAGCAGCGCGCAGGUGGAGCCCAAGCCCAAGACGAUCUCGACGGCGGAGGAACGAGCAAAACCUGUGAAAGUUAAUGCCGAAGCGGUGGAAGAGUUUUCAUGGUUGCGUAUCGCCGAGAGGACCGUCCCGGCGGAGGCGCUGCGACAGGAGAUGGAGGGCCGCAAGUUCAUCAAGCUGCAGCAGAUGGACCGGGUCCCCAAGGACACGUUCACCAACGGAGAGGUGGACUGGGUGACGAUCGGUGUGCUGACCCGGAAGACGUUGUCCAAGCCAGCGGCCAAUGGGUCGACGUUCAUGGUCUGGGGGCUGUCGGAUCUGGACGGGACUGAGCUGGGCGUCUUUCUCUUCGGAGACGCCUACGCGGCCCACUGGAAGGAGCUGACGGGGUCAAUCGUUGCGGUGCUGAACGCCACGCUGCUGCCUGCCACGGAGAGGAACAAGUUCGCGUUCAAGGCGACGCAGCCGUCUGAGGUGGUGAAGCUCGGCAAGGCCGUGGACUUUGGGAUCUGCAAGGGAACGACGUCGGGAGAAGCGCGGUGCCGUCUUGCAGUGAACACGUCCAAGUCGCAGUACUGCUUGCACCACAUUGAGGCGAGCUUCAUGCAGGCGGGACGUGGCCGACAGCAGCUCAACAACUCGACGGGUAGCUUGCGUAAGGCGUUGUUCGCUGGACUGGCGAAGCCGAAGAACCUAUCAGCAGGUGUGUACACGUCUGCCCCAUCGAAGUCCAGCAAUUCAGGAUGGAACCCGAUCUUCAACAAGAAGCGCAAGCGGAAUGAUACCACAGCUGGAGUGUUGGGUGUGCCCACCGUGCUGGCCGCAUCCGGCGCUGUUGUCCAGCGCGGCAUGAGCCUCAUGGAUCAACUCCGGGAACCUGCCGCGUCGAUGAUUCCUGCGCCUAAUCGAGGAGGGGGUGGAUCAGCGAGUGCACCACACUUCUCCAGCCGCGCGCAAAAGAUUGUGUCUGCGGUUCUCGCUGGAGACGGGAAGCCAAUCAAGCGCCCAAAGACCAAGAAGGUGAACAUGAUUCACUUCAUGAGCACGGGGUCGAAGGUGAAGAAAUAG